AUGUCGUCCUCAUCCUUUAACCACGUCAACUUCACCCCGGCUGCCGGCACGCCACCGAAUGUGGAGGCGGCCAUCCGCAGCAGCAGCAGCUUCACCAUCCUAGCGCCGCCCAAGUCAGAUAUUUACGCGCAACCGGUGCCGCCGGUCACGCACGACUACAACGCGCCAGCUGUCUUUCGCCGCAUCCCCAAGACCAGCUUCGUGUCGGCGCAGCUGACGAUCGCCGGCGCCUGGCAGCACCAGUUUGAUCAAGGCGGCUUCCUCUUCACGCUGCCGACGAAGGACAAUCCGAAUCCGGACGCGGUCAGCGGUGCCGUCCACGCCAGCCAUCCGGCCUGGAUCAAGGCUGGCAUCGAGACCAACGACGGCUUCCCCUGCGUCAGCAUCGUCGCCCGCGCUCACGGUGGCUGGUGUGACUGGAGCCUGCUGCCGCUCUUUGAUGCGCCCGUCAGCGCCAACACUGUCACGUCCGCUACCCUCGCGUUCGAGCGCUAUCACAACGCCCUCAAGAUCUUCCUCGUCCGCGGCCACGGCGCCGACGCGUCCCGCUCACUCAUCCGCAAGGUGCCCUGGGUCUUCCUCGACAACGUACCUGAGCUCGGCCAGGACGUCCUCGUCGGCGUCUACGCUGCUCAGCCGGACCCUGAGAACGAGUCCUCCGGCAAGUCGUUUGAGGUCACCUUCUCCGGCUUUCAGAUCCACACCACGGAAUAUGGUGCAUAG